AACUAUGGUUUGACCGCUGAUCGCUGGCCUAUCCGCCCUAAUAAACUAAACCUAAUCAAAAACAAAUCAAAUUCAAUUUCUCCUUUUGAUAUCGCCUUCAUCAUCUUCAAUUUUUAAUGGAAGACGAUAAAAUAUCUCAUUCUAAUGAUUAUCAAAGAGAAAACGAUGACAAACAUCCGAAAAAAAAAGGUAAAUCUAAGAAAAACCGCAGCGGUGGUGAUGGCGACCAUGAUGUGUCGGGUCCGUCAGAUGCAUUAGUUCCUAAUUCCGGAGAUGUUCAUCAAAAUAUAUCGCUAAAAGAUUUAAAAAUGGCAAUGGAAGUUUUAAAUCUUCAGCAAAAACCUGCCAAGACUACUGAAGAAGCUUUGCAUAAAUCGUAUCAGUUUUGGUCUACUCAGCCAGUCCCAAAAAUGGAUGAGAAAAUUGUUUCUAAUGAGCCUAUUGAACCACCUAAAUCUCCGGAAGAUAUUAGAGGAGAACCAUUUACACUUCCUGAUGGAUUUCAAUGGGAUACACUGAAUUUAAAUGAGCCUUUAGUACUCAAAGAAUUGUAUACAUUGCUUAAUGAAAACUAUGUUGAAGAUGAUGAUUGCAUGUUUCGAUUUGAUUACCAAACAGAGUUUUUGAAAUGGGCUCUCCAGCCACCUGGAUGGAGAAUGGAAUGGCAUUGUGGGGUCCGUGUGGUAAAAUCAGGGAGGUUGGUUGGUUUUAUAUCUGCUACACCAGCUGAAUUAAGGAUAUAUGACCAUGUGCAGGUAGUUGUAGAAAUUAACUUUUUAUGUGUACAUAAAAAGCUUCGAUCAAAAAGAGUGGCACCUGUCCUCAUUAGAGAAAUUACCCGGAGGGUUAAUUUAACUGGUGUCUUUCAAGGUGUUUACACGGCUGGUAUUGUGUUACCUAAACCAAUUUCCACAUGUCGCUACUGGCAUAGAUCCCUCAAUCCUAAAAAAUUAAUUGACAUAAAAUUCAGCCAUUUAUCAAGAAAUAUGACCAUGCAAAGGACACUUAAGUUGUUUAAACUUCCUGAUUUACCAAAAACUCCAGGUUUUCGUAAAAUGGAAACUCAAGAUUGUGAUAAAGUUGUGACCUUGUUGAAUAACUACUUGAAAAAGUUUGAUUUGGCACCAAUAUUCUCUGAAGAUGAGUUUAAACAUUGGUUCGUUCCCCAGGUGGGCAUUAUUGAUAGUUUUGUUGUUGAAGCUGUAGAUGGUUCUAUAACAGACUUUGUGAGUUAUUAUACAUUACCAUCUACUGUUGUGUAUCAUCCAACUCACAAGACAUUGAAAGCAGCAUAUUCCUUUUAUAAUGUGUCUACAAAGACUCCAUGGAUAGAAUUAAUGCUUGAUGCAUUGAUAACUGCAAAAAAUUCUGGGUUUGAUGUUUUCAAUGCAUUAGAUUUGAUGGAAAACAAAGAAUUUUUAGAGCCACUGAAAUUUGGUAUUGGUGAUGGCAAUUUGCAAUACUAUUUGUAUAACUGGAGAUGUCCAACUAUGACACCAAGUAAAAUUGGUUUAGUUCUACAAUAACAGUGUGUAUUUUGUAAAUUGUAGCCUGUUCAAAUUGUUUUUAUUGAUUAGAAAUAAUAGCUCUAGUAUGCAAUAACGGUUUUGAACCUCACCAAUAUACUAAUGUGAAAUAUUAUGUACAUGUACCAAUAUUAUUAAUACACUUGAUAAUAUUUAUAAUUAGGUUUUGUGCAUCAUUUUACAUCCCUAAAUUGAUUUUAAUAUCCUAUACUUAAAAUAUGCUAAAAAUUAAAUAGACAUCUCUUAAAGUAGGUGUAGUCAUAUAUGUUAUAUGUAAAAACAAGUAUUAUGUCAUACUAAGUCAAAUUGAAUUUACCUGUGUUGUACAGACAUAUUUUAUAGGCAGUCUCUUUACAAUACUGUGUACUUUUUAAAAAGCAAAUAUUU